GCAACGUAUUCCUCCAUUUGUCUUUUUUUGCCAGCAAUUUAUUUACGCUUUACCAGAAAUUUAAUCGACAUUUCUGUUGCAACUUGCAGUGUUAAAUAUUUCAGAACAGUCUUGAUUUAACAACAAUGUUGUUGUUGUGUACAUUGAAUUCAUUUGGAAGUUUACUGUAAUUGACAAGGCUUUUUCUGGUUGUCUGACGCGAGGCGUACAUCUCAAGUUACACGUAUUUGAUAUUAUUUCGUCAUGUCUUCCAACAAUAAUUCUAGACGUGGUGCUACAAAAAAGAAAACAAAGUUAACUGAAAAAGCUAGCAAACCAAAGAAGCCUGCAGCUUCUUGUCCACCUUCCCCUGAAUCUGGAAGAUCUUCGCCAGACUCUUCCUGUUCCAUCUGUCUGGGACGACAUGAAAACAAAUCCUUUACGAACAACUGCCUUCAUGAAUUUUGUUUUACUUGCCUACUGGAAUGGUCGAAAGUGAAACCAGAGUGUCCGUUAUGUAAGCAGCCAUUUACCUCCAUCAUUCACAAUGUAAGGUCCAAUCAGGAGUAUGAUGAGCACAAAAUACCGGUUCCAGAACCUGAGCCUGAUGAUCUUGAUCUCUUUGGUCAAUUGUUGCACCACAGAUUCCGAUACAGAACGACAGUCACCUCAGAGAGGAGAAGGGCUUUGGCACUGGAGAGACUCUACACAUUCAGGCAGUUUCAAGAAGAUGGAGUCCUUCCCCGACCAGUUGAACGUCGCCCAGCAAGAAGUCGCUUGACUGGGACAAGUAGCUUUCGUCGCCGUACUUAUCAAAGAGAUUUGUGGGUUCGUCCACUCUCCGAUAUUACGGGACGCUAUCGGGAAACCACGCCAGAGUUUUUCCAACUCAAUCCCGCAAUGACUCAUCGUCUCGUGCCCUGGCUCAACCGAGAAUUGAACGUUUUACUCGUCAGCCACGAGAAUCGUUUGUCGUACGUGUUGGAGCUGAUUCUUCGGCUGAUUACUCAAUUCCAUAUCCGCAGUCGAGCGUUCCGUGAUGCAAUUCAAUCUUACAUCGGCGGCUAUACGGAGCACUUCAUACACGAAUUUUUCCAAUAUGCCCGUUCGCCCUACGACAUGUAUGGAUUCGAUGAGAACGCCGACUACCAGCCCAGGAAUAAUUUACAGCAAGAGGAAGUGGCCGUCAGUGAAUCCAGCGAUGAAGACGUUCCUGGAACUCGACCGAUCAAUAAUAAUUCGCAAUCUCGCGUGGCACCCCGUGAUAUUCCGUUGCCUCCUUCUCCCCAGCCGGGCCCUAGUGGGAUUGGCCGAAGUUCUUCCGCGGUGGUUAUCGACGAUGGUCAGAGUUACUCCGCCAUGCCGGGUCCUUCCAGUUCAGGAACUAGACCAUCAGAGGAGGAUGAGGACGACGACCUGGACGUUGAGAUUGUGGAAGUAAUCCGUCCGUCUUCCCCCUUGGUGAUAACGCUAUCGGAAUCGGAUGAGGAACGGGAAGAAGAGUCGGAGCGAAACGAAGCCAGCUCUUCAUCCUCUCGCGGCAAAGCUCUCAAACAAAAAAGUUCCCCUGGCAACAGAGUUAAUGCACGCAAGGAGCCGCAACAACGAACAAAGUCCGCCAAAAAGAAGAAAAGGAAGCGCGAUCGAUCUCCGACUUCGCCCGUUGAAACGCCAAAUCUAAAUACCAGAGUCCGUUUCAGCCGAGAAACGGAAGAGAACAAUAUCAACGAUACCAGCCCGGACCAGUCGUCUCGUUUAUCCGGCGGAGCUGCUGUUCGCUAUUGGGAUCUGGAUCCGGAAGAGAUACGGCGCCAGCUGCACAACGACCGGCACCAGGAAUCCAGCGGAAGCAAACGUCGGCACAAGCGAGACAGAUUCAAUUAACCAAGUUCUAUGCUACAAAAUUACAUUUGAUUUGAAUGUUCGAGGCUCCUCGACCACCUUGAACCGAUGGAGAUACAACAAUGUUAACCAAGUGA